AUGCUUCCAGAUCAAACCCGAAAGUCGGAGCACGUCGGCCAAGAAAAGAUCGAGUCUUGCGGCGCGGCAUCGUUUUUGAAGCAGCUUGGACACUGCCCAUGCUUCCCGCCAAGGCGUCUGUUGCCGUUUCCUGUGCUCGCCUACAGCCCUGCGCUGGGAUGUCCAGCACAGCCGCAAAGCGUAGUUGCACAGCGCGACUUCACUUUUCAGGCACAGCUCCGCCACGUUGUUCUCCCUGGUGAGCCAGACGGUCGCUUGCACAGAAAGUUUGCCAGCCUCAGGCGAUGGCGUCACUUGUUGAAGCUCUCUACAUGUGAGUCCAGAGUGCGUCGGCUCUGUUGCACGGCCGGCUGUGACAUGCUUGGCCUCUAG